CCAAAAUAAAAUUACAAAAAAAAAAACACAUAUUCUUAUUCUUCUUCGUUGUUCUUCUUUCUUCCAAUUCCCAAUCCCCAAUUCCUUGUGCCCUAUUUUUUUCUUUUCCUUCUUUUUUCAACAUUCUUGCGGCACCGCCUUUCGAUCGUUCCUCUUCUCGCCCCCAACUUUCUUCCUUUUAGGGUUCGUUGGUUUGGUGUCUUUUUCUGUGUCCAAUUAUAAAUGGACUCCGAGGAGGAUAUGCAUGACGCCAAUGACCUUGAAUCCCUUGACGACGAUUACUACAGUGGCGGCACCGAGGAUGCUGCCUUGAAUUACUACAGCGACUACGAUGACGAUGCCGAUGAUUACUUCGACGAAGCUGAUGAUUCAGAAAGGCUCGAGUCUCGCCGCCCUGAGCAAAAUUUUACCAUCUUGAAGGAAUCAGAUAUCCAGCAAAGACAGGAGGAGGACAUCACUAGGGUAGCUACAGUUCUUUCAAUAUCAAGAGUUGAUGCCAGCAUAUUACUUCGCCAUUACAAUUGGAGUGUCAGUAAAGUGCAUGAUGCAUGGUUUGCUGAUGAAGAUCGAGUCCGCAAAGCAGUUGGCUUGUUGGAUAAGCCAAUCAUUGAGCAUGCUGAUGCUAGAGAGCUUACUUGCGGCAUCUGUUUCGAAAAUCAUCCACGUGCUAAGAUAGAGAUGGCUUCUUGUGGUCAUCCUUUCUGUCUCUCAUGCUGGGAGGGAUAUAUCAGCACAUCCAUCAGUGAUGGCCCUGGAUGUUUGAUGCUGAGAUGUCCUGAUCCCGCAUGUGGUGCAGCUGUUGGGCAAGAUAUGAUUAAUCGAGUAGCAUCUGAUGAAGAUAAACAGAAGUAUUCUCGCUACCUUCUUAGGUCGUAUAUUGAAGACAAUAAGAAGUCCAAGUGGUGUCCUGCUCCAGGUUGUGAAUAUGCAGUUACUUUUGAUGCGGGUAGCGGAAAUUAUGAUGUCUCUUGCCUCUGUUCAUAUUGCUUUUGUUGGAAUUGCACUGAGGAGGCUCAUCGUCCAGUGGACUGUGGCACUGUCUCAAAGUGGAUUCUGAAGAACAGUGCAGAAUCUGAAAACAUGAACUGGAUACUUGCCAACUCAAAGCCGUGCCCCAAAUGCAAACGACCAAUUGAGAAAAAUCAAGGGUGCAUGCACAUGACAUGCACACCACCAUGUAAAUUUGAAUUUUGCUGGCUAUGCCUUGGUGCAUGGUCAGACCAUGGUGAAAGAACCGGUGGUUUUUAUGCUUGCAAUCGAUAUGAAGCAGCUAAACAGGAAGGAGUGUAUGAUGAUGCUGAAAGAAGAAGAGAGAUGGCAAAGAAUUCAUUGGAGAGAUACACUCAUUAUUAUGAGCGAUGGGCCAGCAAUCAAUCUUCAAGGCAAAAAGCUCUUGCAGAUCUACACCAGAUGCAAACUGUUCAUAUUGAGAGGCUCAGUGACAUUCAAUGCCAGCCUGAGUCACAGCUAAAGUUCAUAACAGAGGCCUGGCUACAGAUAGUUGAGUGUAGGCGAGUGCUGAAAUGGACAUAUGCGUAUGGGUUCUAUUUACCAGAGCACGAGCAUGCCAAAAAGCAGUUCUUUGAGUACUUACAAGGUGAAGCAGAAUCUGGUCUCGAGAGACUUCAUCAAUGUGCCGAAAAGGAACUACAACCGUUCCUCAAUGCCGAUGGGCCAUCUAAAGAAUUCAAUGACUUUCGUACAAAACUAGCAGGAUUGACUAGUGUGACCAAAAACUACUUCGAGAAUUUAGUUAGGGCUUUGGAAAAUGGUCUAGCUGAUGUGGACACUAAUGGGGCAGCCUCCAGCAAAGCGACAAGCUCAAAAGGCGCGUCACCAAGCAGCAAGGGGAGAGGUGGAAGAGGAAGGGGAAACUUCCGAAUCAGCAUGUCCAGCAGAAUGACCGAUGAUAAUAGUCAUUGGAGCUGCGACCAGUGUACCUACGCAAAUGUCAGAUCCGCCACAGUAUGCCAGAUAUGCAAUCAACCACGCCGAUGAAAAAUUGGUUUCUCCCUUGAACACUUGCCUCCUUCCAAGGCCACAGCACCAAAAGCCAAAAUGGCGUAGUUCCUCUUUGCCACACUGCUCCAUUUGUGAAGCCAUCGAAUGGGUUGACCGGAUGAAGGAAGUCAGGGACAGGAGGUUGCUCUCUUUGCACUCCUAUUUAUCAGUAGUACCAAAUUUGAUGUAUAUAGUUAUUUUACAUAUCUUAAUUUAUGCACAAGGUUUCUGCAACAGGCUUGUAUAACUGAUCAAUACCAUAACUGAAGCUGGAGAUGAACACAAAUAUGCUUGUUUGUGUCCUGGUUUCUUUCAGUAAUCUCUUGGAACCUUUUUAUGAGAUAGCUCAGCUUUUACCUUGAAAGCAUGACAAGACACUGAAAAUAAAUACUAUAUACCCCAUCAUUUUGAAUCA